AUGGAUACAAAAUAAGAUAUUAACUUAUUUGCUCCUAAAGGAGGUUAAGUAGCAGAAGAAAAUAUAGAUGAAAAUAUAAUAGAGGAUGAAAAUAUUUAAAACACAGAACCUGAGUUUAGAAAUACCUAAUUUGAUAUUAACCCAUCUUAAAAAUAAAUUUAAUAACUUGUUUUUGAUUUAUCAACAGAUAGAAAAGGGCAAAAACCGCUUGAAUUCAACUUUCUAUAAGAUCAAAAUUAAGAUAAUUUAAAUAUAAAUAUGAUAGAUUUUAGAGGAGGAGAUGAUGCGGAUUUAAAUCACAAAUUUAUGACUGAAUAAAGCAUUUAGUCGUUUUAAAGGACUAUAUUAGAAAGACUUUCAACUUAGGAGCAAUCUUUUGGAAAAUGGCAAAAGGAGAGCUUUAAAUCUUAAGGAAUAAAAUUUUCAGCUGACUUUAGAGAACUCUAUGAUCCUUCAGCAGUCGGAUCUGAUUGUGUAUAAAUAAAUAAAAUUACUAACAAUUACAAUACGCAAAAAAUUCGUUUUGAUUUAUUAAGUGAAAAAAGCUGGAAUAAACCAGAUUUAAAGUAGGAUGUUAACAGUGAUGGACUCUCUAUUGUUGAUAAAAUUGUUAAAUUUUAAUGCAAGUUAAAUUAAAGAGCACUAUCAACUAUUAUUUCAGCUUAAUUUAGACUAAGAGGAAAUUCUUAGUUCAAUAUUUUGCUUCGUACAACUAAUCUCGAAAACGAAGAGUCCAGUCUUUUGAGAUUUGUAAAGGAAGGAUAUGGAUAUGAUAUGAGACUUUAUAUUUUACUAGGGAGGUAUGAUACUUAGUAAAUGGAGUAUUUAUUCAUUAAAAAGUGUGAAGUGCCAUUAAUAAAAAUAAGUGAAGAUCAUGGGAUAAGUGAUUACUUAGAUGUUAAUUUUAGAGCUGUGGAUUUAGGCAACGAUCAGCUUAAUUUAAGAGCCUAUAUAAAUGGAAAUAUUUAAGAUGCAUUUAAAAUAAAAUACAAACAAAGUUUGAUUCCUAUUUUCGAUAAUUUCUCAAUAUAUAUGAUAGGUACAGGAGAAGAUUUAGCCGUUUCUAGGACAUUUAUUGAAUAAGUUGAUAGAUAAGCAUAUAUGUAAAGAAAAGAUAAAAAUUGUACCAAUUCAGCUAAAUGUUAUUGUAAUUUACUUUAAGCGAGCUUCUCUGGUUGA